GACGUGUGACGCAGGCUAUAUAAUGUGACUCUUAGUCACGUGCCAUGACGAGAUCAAUAAAUCAUCUAAUCUCUACUGCGAGUGCGCCUGACCCCAAGUACCCAUUAUUUCUGACUCGCCAGAGAAUAUUAUGUCCUUCCGUUCUCCUCAUGUUUUUUCAAUAUAUCCCGGAAGCUAUACACGCUUCGACAUCUAGUUCUGAGGUCAGGCGGACGUACGUGUGCUUUGGUUCGGGUCAUCAUCAUUCGUUCCGUCAACAUACUUCUUAGGAACAGAUUGGACUAGGCCGGUGAUGUUUCUGACCUGUGAGACUGUAAAAGGCGCCUACACAGCACCUGCGUGUCGGUGACCCGGACUUCUUGCGCCCACAUCGCCAACGUUCCGGAUGCGCCGACUUGGUCGCGAUCUAGUCUGUGUGAUUCUGCUGGCCUUGCGAGCGGCCGCGCAGUCAUCGAACGUGACGACAUGCAUUAGCGCCUACUCAUGGACCGUCAAUGCCCAACAUCUGACACCAUGUCUAGUAGCUGCUUGGUUGGAGAGUGUGUGUCUUGGACCGACUGAAGUUGACGCCAUUCCGGCAAACACACACUACAUCGGACCGUCGACGUCAACCGCGAACCUCUGCCUGUGCAGCACGGUGACAUAUUCGCUUAUAAGCGCCUGCGGAGCAUGUCAGAACCGAACGUACACGUCUUGGACGAACUGGACCCUGAACUGUGCUACGAUUCAAGUGGGGACGUUCCUGGAACCUGUGCCUUCUCAGGUCGUCGUUCCGGCAUGGGCCUAUCUUAAUGUCACCAGGUCCAACAACACUUUCGAUCCAGCUGCCGCUUUCGUCAAUGCUACCGAGUCGGAGACAAGUUCCAGUCUGGCUUCGACUGCCCAAUCGUCAGCCACCAGCAGUAGCAGCUCGAGCUCUGCCUUUGUGACAUCAUUCUCGCCACCUUCUUCUACGGCUCUGCCGAUGGUCGACACAGGAAAAAAGACCAACGCGGGUGCCAUCGCGGGCGGUGUGGUCGGAGGACUGGCUGCGGUUGUGUUCGCGGGACUAGGGAUACUCUACUAUCUACGACGACGAGCGAACGACGGGGUGGACAUGGACCACGAUCCGGCCAGCAGUUUUGCGGGCUCGAUUCCCCAUGAGAAUGUCGUCACCCCGUUUCCUUAUGCAAGUCUUUUCUCUAUCGACGUGCUCGCCGGUAGCCUGCUGACGCGUCGGAGACAGGGAUCCAAGGAAGUGCGCUACCCGGAACCUUCGAUUUUGUCUACAAGGCAACCAUCUGAUGACCCUUCGAUGACUCCAGCUAUCGAGAUAGUCCAUCGGUACAGGGAAGGAGACGAGUGAUCGCAAUUAUGUAGUGUGAGGUUGAGCCAAAGGUUUUGCCUAUAAGAAAGUACUGCACAGAGAAUCCAGAAUCAUAAUGCCCGCUCUCUCACUCUAUAGUCCAGCAGCGUCUGCUCAGGUAUGUUGCAGUCAACUUGCACGGAGGCUGGCCUCGAAGGGUUGUUACAGGAAGAGCGAGCCGUGUCGUUACCAGUGGGCAGGUACAGCAGCUCUGGAAUUGCGUGGAUUAUCAUCGCUGUCGUCGGUUU